UCACAGGCGGGGGAAUAGUUCCCCCUUUGCAAGAGUGCUUGAGAACAUGAGUCAACACUGAGAAAAGGGGGAUGUGAAAGGACCAGGGACAGACCCCAUGCCAGACACUGCUCAGGCUCACCAGGAAGGCUUCACUCCCAUUUUCCAAGUGAUAAUUCCAGCAAAACUCCUGGAGAUCCCAUUGCAGGGACAGCAGCUGGCGAGUGUGAGGUGAUGUGAGACUGCAGGGUGUCUGCUCCAGUGGAAUUCUUCAGGCUGCGAGAGGAAAGAAGGUCAGACUCUUCUGGCUGUGUGAGGAGAAGGAGAAGCAGCAGAGGUGUCACAAUGGAUACAUCCUCUGCCACGGAAAGAGCCAGCCCCGCUUGCUGGAGCCAAUCCAGUGGGAUGGCAUCUAACAGGAGCUGGAGUGAGGACAAUUCCUACAACUGGACCGACUGUGAAAGCAGCCACUUGAGCAAAGUCCCUGUCACACUCCUCAUCUGCCUCUGUGGGAUGGUUGGGAAUGGGGCUGUCCUCUGGCUCCUCAGCUUCCACAUCCACAGGAACCCUGUCACCGUCUUCAUCCUCAACCUGGCCAUCGCUGACUUCACCUUCCUCCUCUCCAUCACCAUCACCCUGGGGAUAUUUUAUGUCCCAGAGAGCCUCUGUCAUGAGCUGGGCUCACAGGGAGUGACAACUGUGCUGAACAUCAUCAUCCUGUUUGCCUUCACUGCCAGUGUCUACCUGCUGACAGCCUUCAGUGCUGUGACAGCUCUGUCUGUCCUCCCCAUGUCCCACUGUCCCUGCCACCACUCCCAGCGCUUCCCAGUGCUCCUGUGUGCCCUGCUCUGGGUCCUCUCCUUCCUGCUCACCACGACUCUCUACUCCCACCCUUCAGCACUCAUCGCCUUUGUCCUGAGCUACCUCUUAUCGGUGCUCACCCUGAUCUGCUCUGGUCUAACCCUGCUUGUUUUCCUAUGCUGCUCAUGGAAACAUCCUCCAAGGAAGCUCUGUGCUGUGGUCCUUCUGGCUGUCAUCUUCUUCCCCUUCUUCACUGCUGAUUUUGGGUACUGGCUCUUGCUCAGGGUGUUUGAUUUUUCUGUCUUUGUCCUCAGCGCCUCCCUCCCGCUCGCCUGUGCCAACAGCAGCAUCCACCCUCUUAUUUACUUCUUGGCUGGGAGUUGUGCAAAGAAGUUCACAGUCUCUGUUAGUGCUGCCUUCCAGAGGACUUUUGAAGAUGUGUCAGAGCCUCAAAAUAGAGACAACACAGUGGAAUCAUCAUAAAAUGGAGUCAUCAUAAAAUGAAAUCAUAAUAAAAUAGAAUCAUAAAAUAUCCUGGG